CUCCGAGCUGGAAAAGAAAAAAACUUUUUAGUAUCAAAGGAAUCAACAGCCGCCAUCUUGUCGUGGCUCGGAAUUAGGAUUUCUGUCCAGAACUGGUUUUUACCUGGACAUCGAGCGUCCUUUCUGCGCUCUGAGAGCGUCCUUCACCGGAAAACGUCAUCUUAACGUCGCCUCGGAGACGUUUUGAGCGAAAAAACGGGAACUGGAUCGCUGGUCGUCGGACAGAAAAGCUCCGUAUAUGUGAUUUCCCCUUCAGAGUGCGGCGAUUCAGCCCCUGUCGCCGUCCGGGAGCAGCCUUGUUUACCAGGACAAGCGGAUACCGGGUCGUGGCUUUCGAGGGGAUUUGCAAGAAGACGACAUUUAUAUGCAGUCGUGCAUUUUUGCGGAGCUUCGCGCGAUUUUUGCACGAAGAAAUUUGACGUCACGCAAAAUGGGUACUUCGAUCUAGAAAUUGCGACUUUACCCCCGGAGCGCUGAAAUCCACCAGAUGUUAUCGCAUCGUCCCUGUGAAGUCGGCUCUUUACAUGGGGGAUAUUUUAUUCUGCGGUAUUUAACGAUGAUAAUGUGGGUGUUGGGUGUUGGAUUAUCAUGGGGUGAAUGGCGGUGGCGAAGCGGGGCGCUAUUGCAUCUCUUUUGAAAGGCACUGACUCUCGCGGCGAGGAGUAGCUAACGCUAACAGUUAACUUAACUGGUAGCGGGCAAUUAGCAAGCUACUAGCCAGUUAGUUGACAUUAGCAGGCUGUCAGCUUGCUAAUGUGCUAACUGGAGAGGUUUGUGUCGAUCGAACAACUUCCCUGUCACAAGAACAACUCAACUAUAUCAGCUUUGAACCUGCGGCCGGACAAGAGAGCGACUAUGGCUGAAAACCUGCUGGACGUCGGACCUCCCAACUCCAAGCGGCCGAGGCUGAAUUCACCUGCCCUGUCAGCGUCUGAUGGACAAGAGCUGGGAUCACUAUCCUGGGAUGAUUUGGAGAAUGACCUACCAGAUGAAUUGAUCCCUAAUGGUGGAGAUCUAAACCUUGGAAUGCCUUCAAAUGGUGGAGCAGGACCUGGAGCUGGGCCAGGUGGCACCCCUGCGGGUAGUGUCCCAGAUGCAGCUGCCAAGCACAAGCAGCUCUCAGAGCUCCUUCGAGCGGGUAGCACCUCCAGCAUCACUCCUGCAGGGCUGAACUCUGCUAGCCCUCAGCCAGGCGGAAUGGGGCCGCAGCUGGGUAAAGCGCUGGGUAAGAGCCCCCUCGGCCAAGGCUCUCCCAACAACCACCUGUCCCCACAGGCCCAAAAAGCGGGAACACCAACUGGAAUAGCAGGACAGAACAACAACAAUACUACUGCAACAAUGGGCUUCAACCAGAACAUGAUCAACAAUAGCCAGGGACAUGCCGGGUUGCUGACCCAGGGCGGGCAGCCCCAACCUGGGCAGGUUAUGAAUGGUAGUCUCGGACCUGGAGCUGGGAGAGGACGAGGAGCAGGAGUAGCAGGCCUGCAGUACCAGGGACAGACAAUUAAGGGAGCCUCGGCAGGAGCCGGAGGAGCAGCUAGUGCUUUGGCAGAGACUCUCAGCCAGGGAGGGCAGCAGACGGGAGCUCAUGCCACCCUUAAUGCAGCCCAACAAGCAGGCAACAUGAGCAAGAUGGGCCUAGCGAGCAAUGGGGGUCCGUUUGGCACUCAGCCCUACAGUCAGGGUGCCACAGGGCCGGGCCAGAAGCUAAACCCUCAGCAGCAGCUCCAGAACAAGGCUGCUCUUGCCAACAGUCUGCCACCCUUCCCCAGCGAACUCAAAGGGGCUGCUGUCACAAGCGUGCCAAACAUGGCCGCGAUGCUCCCCCUGGCUGGCAGCGGAGGUGUGGCAGUGCCUUCGGCAGGACCUACAGCUGACCCAGAGAAGCGCAAGCUUAUCCAGCAGCAGCUGGUCCUGCUGCUCCACGCACACAAGUGCCAGCGUCGGGAGCAGGCCAAUGGGGAGGUGAGGGCCUGUGCCCUCCCUCACUGCCGCACCAUGAAGAACGUCCUCAACCACAUGACCCACUGCCAGGCCGGCAAGUCCUGCCAGGUGGCUCAUUGUGCGUCGUCCAGACAGAUCAUCUCCCACUGGAAAAAUUGCACACGACACGAUUGUCCCGUCUGCUUGCCGCUGAAGAAUGCCAGCGACAAGCGCACCCAGCAGUCUAUGCUGAGCUCUCCUAGCACGGGCCUCCAGAACGCCAUAUCUUCAGUUGGAGUGGGCCAGCCCAGUGCUCCCACCAUUAAUACCUCAACCCCAAUAGACCCCAGCUCCAUGCAGAGAGCCUACGCGGCACUUGGCCUGCCUUACAGUAGCCAGGCCACUGGGCAGGCCUCAGCCCAGCAGGCUGCAAGCCCAGGACAGUCAGUAGGGUCACAGAACGCACAGCUUUCGCAGCAGAUGAGACCCAUCAAUGCACUUGGUAACCAGAUGGCUCUUGGAGGUGCGGCAAUGGGUGUGACCACUUCAGAACAGACAAACCUGCACUCAGACUCCCUUCCCAACUCACUCAACACUAACAAUCAGCUGCUGUCAGAUGGUUCAGCUGUAGGAUCCAUGGGCAACCUACCCACAGCAUCACCUGUCUCUGCCACAGGCACCAGGAAAUCCUGGCAUGAGCACGUCACUCAGGACCUGCGCAAUCACCUCGUACACAAACUAGUACAAGCCAUAUUCCCUACCCCUGACCCGGCAGCUUUAAAGGACAGACGGAUGGAGAACCUGGUAGCCUACGCCAGAAAGGUGGAGGGAGACAUGUACGAGUCAGCUAACAGCCGAGAUGAGUACUAUCACUUCCUGGCGGAGAAAAUCUAUAAAAUCCAAAAGGAAUUGGAGGAGAAGAGGCGAUCAAGGCUACAGAAGCAAAUCAUCAACCAGGCACCAAUGGCCGCUCAGGGGACGCAGCAGCCUGGCCUCGCACAGCCCAAUGCAUUGGGCGCAAGGCCACAGAAUGGGCCUGUUCCUCUCCCGAACAUGCCGAAUCAGAUCAUGAAUCGUAUGCAGGUUUCCCAAGGACUGAACCAGUUCAACCACAUGACUCUGCCCAAUGCCCAGAUAUCCCAGGCACCCAUGGGAGCUAGAGCUGCUUCACCUAUGAACCAUCCACAGCAAAUGAACAUGAGCUCCGUCCCAGCGAUGGGCAUGUCUCCCUCCAGGAUGCCCCAGGCUCAGGGCAUGAUGGCCGGACAUGGUGGCGGCAACAUGGUGGGCCAGACGGCCAGCCAGGGACAGUUUCUUGCUCAGACCCAGUUUCCUCCAGGAUCUGCUGCAGUCGCUGCGACAGGUGCCAUGAACGUCACCGUGGGCCCUGGCAUGGGUCAGCCACAGGCACAGGCUGCUGUCACGCAGCUUUCUCAACCAGGAGUCAGUCUGGAUAACCGGGUGCCCACACCAGCCUCAGCUGCCAGCGCUGACCUGCACUCGAAGCAUGUUGGAGCAGACCUGCCUGUCCAGGAGAUCAAAGCAGAGACACACAACGGCAAAAAGGUGUUUGUGGCCGCUGGCGGCAAAUCUGAGAGCAAGAUGGAGACUGAGGAUGACUCGGCUUCUAAGCUGGUACCGAAAGAGGAGCCAGAGGUCAAGCGCGAGCCGAUGGAGGUGGAGGAGAAAAAGCCGGAAUUAAAGACAGAACCCAAAGAAGAGGAAGAGGGUGGAGCCAACGGCACAGCCGGCUCCUCUCCCUCUCAGUCACGGAGGAAAAUCUUUAAGCCCGAGGAGUUGCGUCAGGCUCUGAUGCCAACUUUGGAAUCGCUCUACCGGCAGGACCCGGAGUCGCUGCCCUUCAGACAGCCAGUAGACCCCAUGGUUCUCGGUAUUCCGGACUACUUUGACAUUGUCAAAAACCCGAUAGAUCUUUCCACAAUAAAGCGUAAGCUCGACACGGGCCAAUACCAAGAACCCUGGCAAUACGUCGAUGAUGUCUGGAUUAUGUUCAACAACGCCUGGCUCUACAACCGCAAGACAUCCCGUGUUUACAAGUACUGCUCCAAACUGGCAGAGGUGUUUGAGUCAGAGAUCGAUCCUGUCAUGCAGGGCCUGGGCUACUGCUGCGGGAGGAAGUACGAGUUCUCGCCCCAAACCCUCUGUUGCUAUGGCAAGCAACUCUGCACCAUACCUACUGGAGGAACAUACUACAGUUACCAGAACAGGUACCACUUCUGUGAGAAGUGCUUCAAUGAGAUCCAGGGGGAGAGUGUGACGUUAGGAGAUGAUCCUGCACAGCCACAAACGAUGAUAUCAAAAGACCAGUUUGAACGGAAGAAGAAUGACGUACUCGACUCCGAACCGUUUGUUGAAUGUAAAGAUUGUGGACGUAAAAUGCACCAGAUAUGCGUCCUACACUACGACGUCAUUUGGCCAUCCGGAUUCAUUUGUGAAAACUGCUUAAAGAAGAGUGGAAAAACAAAGAAGGACAACAAGUUCUCUGCAAAACGGCUGCAGUCAACUAGAUUGGGAAUGUACAUAGAGGAUCGUGUGAAUAAAUACUUGAAGAGACAAAACCAUCCGGAGGCUGGAGAGGUGUUUGUACGAGUGGUGGCGAGCUCCGACAAAACAGUGGAGGUUAAACCAGGCAUGAAAUCCAGAUUUGUGGACACGGGGGAAAUGUCUGAGACCUUUCCCUACAGAACCAAAGCACUUUUCGCCUUUGAGGAGAUUGACGGCGUGGACGUUUGCUUCUUUGGCAUGCACGUGCAGGAGUACGGCUCCGAGAGCCCUUUCCCCAACACUAGACGGGUCUACAUAUCAUACCUUGACAGUAUUCACUUCUUCAGACCUCGGAUUCUAAGAACAGCAGUGUACCACGAGAUCCUCAUCGGCUAUCUAGAAUAUGUCAAGAAACUCGGGUACGCCCAGGGCCACAUCUGGGCAUGCCCUCCCAGUGAAGGAGAUGAUUACAUCUUCCACUGCCAUCCUUGUGAUCAGAAGAUCCCCAAGCCUAAGAGGCUGCAGGAGUGGUACAGGAAGAUGCUUGACAAAGCUUUUGCAGAGAGGAUUCUUCACGACUACAAGGACAUCUUCAAACAGGCGACUGAGGAUCGACUGAUCAGCGCCAAUGAGCUGCCCUACUUUGAGGGCGACUUCUGGCCCAACGUGUUGGAGGAGAGCAUCAAGGAGCUGGAGCAGGAGGAGGAGGAGAGGAAGAAGGAGGAGAACACAGCUACAUUUGAAACUCCUGAGGGUACGCCAGGUGACAGCAAAAAUGCUAAAAAGAAGAACACCAAAAAGACUAAUAAAAACAAGAGCAGUGUGAGCCGAGCCAAUAAGAAGAAGCCUGGGAUGCCGAAUGUAGCAAAUGAUUUGUCCCAGAAGUUGUACGCCUCCAUGGAGAAGCACAAAGAGGUGUUCUUUGUCAUUCACUUCCACUCUGGUCCCUUGGUCAACACCCUGCCGCCCAUCGUUGACCCCGACCCUUGUCUCUCCUGCGACCUGAUGGACGGCCGUGAUGCCUUCCUCACUCUGGCCAGAGAUAAGCACUGGGAGUUCAGCUCCCUCAGGCGGUGUAAGUGGAGCACCAUGUGCAUGCUGGUUGAAUUGCACAACCAGGGACAGGAUCGUUUUGUCUACACUUGCAACGAGUGCAAGCACCAUGUGGAGACACGUUGGCACUGCACCGUGUGUGAGGACUUUGAUCUUUGCAUCAAUUGUUAUAACGUCAAGGGCCACGAGCACCAGAUGGUGAAGUGGGGCCUCGGCCUGGACGACGACAGCAACGGCCAGAGUGGAGAGGCCUCCAAGAGCCCGCAGGAGAGCCGACGCCUAAGUAUCCAACGCUGCAUCCAGUCCCUGGUCCAUGCUUGUCAGUGUCGCAAUGCCAACUGCUCUCUGCCAUCCUGCCAGAAGAUGAAGCGAGUGGUUCAACACACCAAGGGCUGCAAGCGCAAAACCAACGGUGGCUGCCCCGUUUGCAAGCAGCUUAUUGCUUUAUGCUGUUACCAUGCAAAGCAUUGUCAGGAGAACAAGUGUCCUGUCCCGUUCUGCCUGAACAUCAAGCACAAGCUUCGCCAGCAGCAGCUGCAGCACAGGCUCCAGCAGGCCCAGCUGAUGAGGAGGAGAAUGGCCACCAUGCAGGGAAGAACCAUGCCGCUGCCAUCCCCUCCAGCAUCAGCUGCCCCCAGUACCCCCACUUCCCAUGCCCAGCCUAACACUCCCCAGACACCCCAGCAGCCACCCUCCCAUCAGCCGCAGGCGCCCAACUCAGCAGGCAUCAUGGCCCCUUCUUUUUCCAAUGCACCUCGCAAUGGCCAGCCUCAAGCACCAGUAUCCCAGGGCAAGCCUGGGCCCCAGGCCUCCCCUCUACACCAGCAACAGUCUCCACUCCCCCAGCCGCCCCAGCCACCUCAGCAGAUGCAGCAGCAGCCUCCCCUUGCUGCAGUCAAGAUGGCGCGGCACAUCGAGAUGAUGGCACAGGCCCAGCAGAACCAGCAGAGCUACCGGGUCAACAUGAACGGCUUGCCCAUGAACUCCCAGCAGCCACAGCAGCGCAUGACUGGACCAAUGCAGUCACCCAUGCAAAUGGUGCCUGGGCCCAGGGGGCCACAGGUCAUGCAAACCGGCAUGGCCCCAGGACAGUGGCCCGGCGCUGCAGGGCCCAUGCAGGCAGCUCAGACUCAACAACCAGGUCUCGUCCCAGGCCAGACGCCGGCCAUGACCAUGCAGAGAGCCAUGAUGCUACCAGGGCAGCAGGGUCAGAGGAUUCUGAUAACACAGCAGCCAGGUGCUCGGCCACAAACACCCCAGAGACCUGGUGCUAUAGCUCCCAAUGCCCUGCAGGACCUCCUACGUACCCUCAAGUCUCCCAGCUCACCGCAACAGCAGCAGCAAGUUCUCAACAUCCUCAAAUCAAACCCUCAGCUAAUGGCUGCUUUCAUAAAACAGCGAACGGCCAAGUACCAGGCCAACCAGCCACAGCAAGCAGGUCAGCAACAACAGCCCGGCAUGCCUGCAAUGCAGGCCAUGGCCAUGCCAGGAGGAGCAGUGCAGAGGCCGGGGAUACCGACACAGCAGCCGCAGCAGCCUCCUGCGCAGGGCAUGGCAGCUAUAGGGGCUCAAGGACAGCUGAUGAACAACAACCCCCAGCUCCAGGAGCUUUACCGUCGGCAGCUCUUAAGACAACAACAACAACAACAACAACAACAACAACAACAACAGCAGCAGGGAGUGAUGCCUCAGGGCCACCCUGGCCAGUUCCCUGCACAGACGCAGGGUACAGCAGCUACAUACUCCCAGAUCCGCAUGCAGCAGCAGCAGCAGCAAAUAGCCAUGCAGACAGGCCCAGGAGCAGCUGGGGGUCCCAUGGGCCAGCUCCCAUCCUUGUCUCAGAUGGCCCAGCCAGGCAUGGUGAUGGACCCCAGCCAGAACUUGCUGCAUCAGCGAAUGCUCCAACAGCAGCAGCAGCUUCCCCAGCAGCAGCAGCAGGCCGUCCUCAAGCAGCAGAUGGGCUCCCCCGCCCAGCCCAGCCCGAUGAGCCCCCAGACCCACUUGCUGGCUGGCCAGCCCCAGGGUGGAGCCCACCUUCCUGGUCAGCCCACACUAGCCAACACUCUCAGCAACCAGGUCCGUUCCCCUGCGCCCGUCCAGUCCCCCUGUCCGCCUUCGCAACAGCCGCCACAUUCCAGUCCAUCGCCGCAGAUCCAGCCCCAGCCCUCGCCACACUCGGGUUCCCCGCACCCGGGACUCGGGGGCUCGAUGCAAUCCAUGGAGCAGGGACACUUGGGGACACCAGAACAGAGUGCCAUGCUGCCGCAGCUUAACACACCCAAUAGAGCGGGGCUGAACGGUGACUUGGGGAUGGUGGGAGAUGCUACAGGGGACACUCUGGAGAAGUUUGUGGAGGGAUUGUAGCAUUUCUGCUGGGAACACAAUCUCACUCCCAGGGACCCAUCCUCCCAUUGCUCUUCUUCCUUCUAGCUUCCCUUCAGACUCUUUAUGCUGUUCGCUUUGUUCUUUCUAUGGUUGAGAAUGUUUUUUUUGUACUGAGUAAAAAGUUGUUGUAAAAAGAAAAUUUGGUUGAGAAAAAUACAAAACAAAAAAAAGUCAACACUUCUGAGGAAUUGUUUCCUAAACCCAAGUGGAAGGUGGUUUCCUCCUUAAGAUGUUGAGGAAUUUGCAAGAUGCUUCUAAAGUUAAAUUUAAAUCACAAAGAAUAUAUUUUUUGGUUGAGACCAAAUGUGUUCAAUACUCAAUUUUAUUUUUGGUUUGUUUUUGGUAUGUUUCAUGCCUUUCUCAUUCUUUCUUUUUUUAAGGAAAAUGUACAAUUUCAUUAUAUUAUUCAUAUCUUUUUAUUUUGUACCUUUGGAAAAAAACUUUAAGCAUAUUUGUGUUGAAACUGUAAAAUAAUUUGUCUGGGAAUUGGGCCAGGUUUUUGUUCUCAAACUGUCACUCCUGGCAAUGUAAUCUAGUGUUGUACCAUUACUCCGAGACGAUGCAUUCAGGGACUGCUCCCUUCCUCUUUGUGUGUAUGAAGAGCACUCAGUUGUAUUACAACUAGGAAAUGGACUGCGCCAGGUUGGGUAUACACGGGCAUGUAUGCAGGCACACAUGAAGACACUGACACAAACCCUCACAGUCACUAAGAGAAACACAGCUUUGACUGGUUUCACCAACAAAGAUGACAAAGGACUGCAAUCUACAUCUCAGUGGCCUGGAAUUUGAAAAAAAGAAGUGUCUUGCAGGUGUAGAAAAUUGUUGCUUUGACAUUAAAAAGAAUUUGUCAUACAUUUUUGUCAUACAAAUAUUGUAAAGUGUAAAGAGAGUGUGAGAGAGACCAGCCCCCUAAGCUGAGGUGGAAUGAUCACCGGUUGUUUGUAGGCCACAUCUCCCAUGGUGCCCCUUCCUCUAAAUUGUACACUAAGUCGUGUGUUAUCUAGGGAUGAAGGACACAUUUGAGAAUCACCCUGGAAAAAUGUUAAAUGUUUUGUCAACCCUCAUUCCUCUCACACGAAAAAACUUGAAUUAGGGGGAUUUACUUUUUCUCCUAUUGUACAUCAAGUUAUUAAGCAAAAUACUAUAAAUAUAAGGAAGAGAGAAUGAAAUCACUGUAUAUACUGGUUAAAGACUCAUUUCUUACUUAUAUACCAUAUUGUUAAAUAAACUGUGUGCAGCAGAAGAA